GGCUGGGGUGGGACUCUAGCUGCUCUCUGUCCUGGCAGGGGUCAGGCCUGGGUCUCAAGGUCGGGCCUGGGUCUCCCGUCCCCUGGGUCUGCAGCGUGGGUGCUGGUGGGAAAAUGUGGGAAGGCCUCUCCUCCUGCGGGGUGGGUGGACAUUUCACAUAAAAUGAGACAUUUGUAUCCUCCUUAUGGUGACCUUAAGCUUCAGAAGAAGCUAGGGGAGGCUGCUGUGGCUGAGAGCCCUUCCCAGGGCGUGGACCCUCUCCUGACGGGCCUCCGCCGUCAGCGUCCGAAGGAGAGACGGGCUUAUGGAGUGUUUGGAAGGUGCCAGAAGGUUCCGGCAAUGGACUUUUACCGCUACGAGGUGUCGCCCGUGGCCCUGCAGCGCCUGCGCGUGGCUUUGCAGAAACUCUCCGGCACAGGUUUCACGUGGCAGGAUGACUAUACUCAGUAUGUGAUGGACCAGGAACUUGCAGACCUCCCCAAAACCUACCUGAGGCGUCCUGAAGCGUCCAGCCCAGCCAGGCCCUCAAAACACAGCGUUGGCAGUGAGAGGAGGUACACUCGGGAGGGCGGCGCUGCCCUGGCCAAGGCCUUCCGACGCCACCUGCCCUUCCUGGAGGCCCUGUCCCAGGCCCCAGUUUCAGACGCGCUCGCCAGGACCCGGAUGGUGCAGGACAGACCCCGUGCUGAGGGUGACGACCGCUUCUCCAAGAGCAUCCUGACCUAUGUGGCCCACACGUCUGCGCUGACCUACCCUCCCGGGCCCCAGGCCCAGCUCCCCGAGGACCUCCUGCCGCGGACCCUCAGCCAGCUCCAGCCGGACGAGCUCAGCCCUAAGGUGGACAGCAGUGUGGAGAGACACCAUCUGAUGGCAGCCCUCGGUGCCUAUGCUGCCCAGAGGCCCCCAGCUCCCCCUGGGAAGGGCAGCCUGGAGCCGCAGUACCUUCUGCGCGCCCCGUCCAGAAUGCCCAGGCCCUUGUUGUCGCCAGCUGUCCCCCAGAAGUGGCCCUCACCUCUGGGAGAUCCUGAAGACUCCCCCAGCACAGGGGAAGGAGCACGGAUUCACACUCUCCUGAAGGACCUGCAGAGGCAGCCAGCUGAGGCGAGGGGCCUGAGUGACCUGGAGCUGGACAGCAUGGCCGAGCUGAUGGCUGGCCUGAUGCAAGGCGUGGACCACAGAGGAGCUCUAGGCGGCCCUGGGAAAGCGGCCCUGGGAGAGUCUGGAGAACAGGCGGAUGGCCCCAAGGCCGCCCUCCAUGGAGAAAGCUUUCCAGAUGGCGGAGUUCAGGACAACGAUGAUAGACUUUACCAAGAGGUCCAUCGUCUGAGUGCCACACUCGGGGGCCUCCUGCAGGACCACGGGUCUCAACUCUCGCCUGGAGCCCUCCCCUUUGCAAAGCCCCUCAAAAUGGAGAGGAAGAAAUCCGAGCGCCCUGAGGCUUCCCUGUCUUCAGAAGAGGAGACUGCCGGAGUGGAGAACGUCAAGAGCCAGACGUAUUCCAAAGACCUGCUGGGGCAGCAGCCGCAUUCGGAGCCCGGGGCAGGCGCAUUUGGGGAGCUCCAAAACCAGAUGCCUGGGCCCUCGGAGGAGGAGCAGAGCCUUCCAGCGGGUGCUCAGGAGGCCCUCGGCGACGGCCUGCAAUUGGAAGUCAAGCCUUCCGAUGAAGAGGCGCGGGGCUACAUCGUGACAGACAGAGACCCCCUGCGCCCCGAGGAAGGAAGGCAGCUGGUGGAGGACGUCGCCCGCCUCCUGCAGAUGCCCAGCAGUGCAUUCGCCGACGUGGAGGUUCUCGGACCAGCAGUGACCUUCAAAGUGGGCGCCAAUGUCCAGAAUGUGACCACUGCGGAUGUGGAGAAGGCCACAGAAAGUCAGCGGGAUCCAUGCCAAACACUCCCGCGCAAGGAGGAACGGGGGUCCCAGCAACGGCUUCAGCGCCUCGUGGCUGCCGGAGCUCCCUCCCUCCACGGCAUCUGUUUUGCUUGCUCCAGUUCCCCCAUCUUUGUGAAGCAGGGCCACGUGGGCUGGACACAGAACAAGAACUCCUGCCUGCGUGGGAGCGCCUCCCACGGGCUGCAGCAGAGACCGGCCAGUGGGAGCACAGACAACACUGUGGUAGAAAGUAAUUGCAUCGCCAUCAUUGACAGGGCUACCCGCAUGGAACUCCAGGAGCCGCGUUCGGGGGACACUCGAGGAUGCUGCUAA